AUGCACACGCUUUUGCUGGCGGACCUGCCAUUGGAAAUUUGGGUCAAGAUCUCAGCUAACUUGGACAGGACUGACAUCUUCUCGUUAGCUUUGACAAAUCACCAAUUUCACCGAACGAUGACCUCAGAUUCGGUCUGGUGGCCGAAGAUCAGAAAAAGCUGGUACAUGUCAGACUAUAAUCCCAUUUCACUUGUAUAUAAAAAGAAGCUCAAAUCUAAUGAAUCAUGUUUCCACUAUUUUCGAAGGAAAAAAAAUGAAGAUAAGUUUUUGAGAUCAUUGAUUACUGAUAUAUUGAACUAUUCACCAUUUACGGACACCGAAUCACAGACAAAACAGAAGGAGUCAGAUAUUCAGAGUAAAAUAUUACUCGUAUACCAAAAUUUUGAUUCUUUUGUGCCCUGUUUAUUGAGUGAAUCAUUGCAUAUAACAUCGUCCAUAUACGUUUCAAGUGGUAGCACUACAGUGGGCAAUGCCAGAUUUGCGUUGGCUGAUGAUUUCAUCCGUUUACAAAAAAAGAGAAAUACAAAACUGGAUAGAAUAUAUGUGGCAUCCAGUAUUCUGGAAGCAGGAAAGCUGUGGAAAUGCCUCAACUUUUACAAACAGCUUCAAAUGGGCGACCUGCCAGACGAUUUAGAAUCUGUUUUCGUUCAAUUGUCACUCUUAGAUUCUAGAUACUAUGAAUUAAUCUUACAGCGUCAUGCUGUUAUCAAAACUGUCAUAUACAAUUUUAACACGUACAAUUUCGAAGAGAACACAAAACCUGCAGAGAAGAUUCUGGCCUUAGUGACUAUUCUACAUAGAGUCAUAGAAACUAAUAGACGCCGCAUACUGAGGUAUGAACGAAACGUUAGUAAGGCAACGGUUGAAGAUCUUUCGAUUUUGAGAUAUUAUUGUGGAGACAGUGAGGGUAGUCCAUUGGUGAAGAAUGCUGUUGUGGCCAAAUUAUGUCAAAUGGUAGGUUUGGAUAAAUACGUCGAUAUCAACGAAUGGUGCAUUCGUAUCAAAGACGGAAACAGGUACUUGUACUUGUUGAUAGACGAACGACAGAUGUAUUUGAAAAGGGAAGACCAAGUGCCGGAGAUACUACGGAUAUUCCCAAUGAACGAUCCGGGAUCUUCAAUGGUGCAUCAUCAUAGUACCAAUGACAAUGCAUUGGGCAUCGAAAGUAGAAAAUCCUUAUACCUCAGCAAGUUCUUGAGCUUCUACGACGGAUUUCAGUCCAGGUUGGAUGACUUAAGAGGGGCAGACCAAAUAAUUUAUCAGAUGAGGAACGAGGAAAAAAUCGUCACCGUUCACAGAGGUGAUCACAUUCAGGGCCAAAUCUUAGGCUGUGGGGGGUAUGUCAAUAUAAAAGCAUGGCAUGUUUUACACAUGUUGAUGACAAAUAGAAUAUACAACGAAGAGUCGAGCAAGAAGAACACCAUAUUGGAUUUUGCGUCGAUAUUCAACUUUCCUAUCCUACAGAUCCUAUCCGUAACUAUUCCUGUCAGUUUUAAAGCAUUAUACUUGAGAGAUAUUUCCUACGAUCUGAAAAUUUCCGAAUUGGAAAAGCUUCAGGAAAUGGAUAUACUUUGGGAAGCUGAGCAGUUAUCUGUAGGGGAUGUUGUAUGGUCUGAUGCAUCGCAGGCGAGGGGAAUAAUUGUUGAGAUAUGUGACAGUUUUGAGGAUGAUCAGCAACGGAAAAUUGGCCUGUUUACUGCAACCAGUUACAAAGGCCGGAACUGUAGUCUAAAAGGUUCCCCGCUCUAUACCAUUUUUUUUGGAGCAUAUGGAUAUGCUACUUUCUCAAGACAAUACUUGAAAAAGGAUAAGACAGAUCGGGUGGAGGGGUUGUUGGUUUAUGAUGUAGUCGGUCGUUGGUUUUCACAUUAUGAUUAUGAGGAGCAUAAAUUUUCAUAUCGACACGGAGCAAAUUUGUAA